GUGGAGGACUUUAAUCUUUGGUAGAGGAAGUCAUCCAUUUUCUUUCUGUUCUCCCUACACCGGGUUCUGAACACGUGUGAUUAGUAAAAUUCACCAAAUAAUUGCAAAAAAUCGUUUUGUUUUGGUCCGAUAAUAUCAAACUGAAGUACUGUACUGCUCGAAAAUGAACAAGAGUAGUGAGAAGGGGCCGAGAAUGAGUGCCGAGAAGUUGAAGACUCAGUCUCAAGUGCGAAUUGGAGGCAAAGGAACCCCAAGACGUAAGAAGAAGGUGGUUCACUCCACUCAGGCCACUGACGAUAAAAAACUACAGUCCUCUUUGAAAAAGUUAUCCGUAAAUACAAUUCCUGGAAUUGAAGAGGUAAAUAUGAUUAAAGAAGACGGAUCCGUCAUCCAUUUCAACAACCCCAAAACGCAAGCCUCUCUAGCGGCCAACACUUUCGCCAUUACCGGUCACGGGGAGAACAAACAAAUUACAGACAUGCUUCCUGGAAUUUUGAGUCAGCUGGGUCCUGAGGGCAUUACUCAACUGAAACGCUUGGCCAAUUCUGUAGCAAAUGCUGGCGGUGUGAAUAAAAUUGUUCCCGAAGAUGAAGAAGAUGUCCCAGACCUCGUAGAAAACUUUGACGAGGCCAGCAAAGCAGAAGUCUCGAAGAAGGAAGAGGAAAAACCAAAAGAAAGUGCUUAAAAAGACUUUAACAAUAUUAGAUUGGCAGGUAGAAUUAGGUUUUAAGAAACUGACAAAAUACCUGUAUUAAAACAUAACUAGUUCUUAUGAAUGAUUGGUUCAAGGCUACAUCUUUGUUCUUGAAAUUAAUAUAAAAUGGUAAUGCCACCUACCGUAGGUUGACUUGUUCAGUUGGAGUUGCAACUCGCUUUUACGUUAGAAAAGUCAAUAAUUGUUUUGGUAAGAAGCUAUUAUUUUAUAUGUGAACGAAAUAAUCUGAUGGUUUUGUGUUAACUCAAUAUUCAGAAAUUGUUAAUUUAAAAUAACAAAAAUAUGUUAAAAUUUGUAUUAAGAAAUAUAGCGGUAUAUUUAAAAAAUG